AAGAGGAGGGAACAGAGGAGACAGCAGUGGAAGCUGAACUCUCCAGCUCCUCAGAAAGUGAAUGUGAGGUGGAGGCGGAGCCAGCCAGGCAGCCAGGGGAGCGGCCACCGAAGCGCCGUUGUUUCUGGGAGUACAGACGUGCUCGAGAGUCGGCCACGAAGAAGAAGCUGAGCGGAGACGUGCACUGGUCUCUGUCCUGGAGCUCCAGCACUUUACCCAGCACACUGUACCGCAGAGAAGGCAAAAAAGGACGCCGCAAAGCUCGCAAGACAGACGCCAGCGACUUGACCCCAAACCCCCAGAAGCUCCACAACAUUGGGGAGCAGCUGCAGAAGCUCAACGCCGCCAUAGACGGCAUGGGUCCGGUCAACGACCUCCCCGCUGUGGCUCGGGCACGUUCGAGAAAGGAGAAGAACAAGCUGGCCUCGAGGGCGUGUCGGCUGAAGAAGAAGGCCCAGCAUGAAGCCAACAAGAUCAAGCUGUGGGGGCUCAACCAGGAGUACGAGAACCUGCUUGGGGCUUUGCUGCGGAUCAAGGACGUGAUCAGACGACGGGUGGAGAGCAGCGAGGAAGAGGACACAGACGAACGAGGAAUGACCCAGCGCCUGGAAGACAUCCUCCGGGAGUCCAAUGGGCCUUUAGUCGCUGGACGGACCAAAGACUUUGUGCAGAGAAUUUUGGCAGCCAGCGCGGGCAGUCAGAACCAGCGCAAAGACCCCCCGCAGGAAGGAGGGACAACGGGGUAAAUUCUCUCAGAACCUGCCUCCUCUCCCCUUUUCCUCCUUACUCUUCCUUCCUUACUGUCCCCUGCACCAACCAACCUGACCUGAUGGGGCUUCUCCUCACCUUCACCUCCACACUGUCAUGUUGUUUAAGUAAGAGCAAAGAGGUGAAGCAGAGGCUGGGAAAUAGAGGAGGAGGAGGAGGAUGACGAGGACGAGGAGGAAUAAGGAGUAGCCUAAACAAAACAGGAGUAAAUUGCCACCCUGCUCCCUGUCCUCCUCCAAACAGCAGCCUCCUCCUUCACUGGUCUAACGGCUGCACCACAACCACCACCAGGCCUGAGCUGCUGCUGCUGCUGCUGCUGCUGCUG